UUUGCAAAAAUGUGGCUCAAUUGAUUCAAACGAGCUAAGUGACCGGAAGAGGGUGUCAGUCAGUUGUUGAGGUUAAACGCAGAGCGAUCUAUUUAAGAAGAUGGAAAUUUGUGAAGAUACCGGAUUUUUUCACGAAGAUUAUGAAAAGUUCCGGAGUGCUAUCAGUGCUAGUGAAUUUCAUAAGUUUUCCCUUUUGGAAAACGAUGAACAAAGAGUACUGUUUGUACAUGAGAUCAUUGAGGACCGUUUUGGAGGAAUUCUAUGGAAACCUGUUCGUGGAACAGGUAUCGGAAAAGAUUUCGCCAAAGCAUUGGAGAGCAAGGUGCUGGGAAAUAUGGAAUUUCAGUGCAAAAGAUGGCAAGAUGCGUUGCAGUGCUACAAUGACGCAUUUUUGUUGUUGCCAUCGGAAAAUGAUGCAGAGAAAGCCGUAAUCCUUGCCAACCGGUCAGCAGUUCUUUUCCAUCUCAACAAAUAUGAUCUAGCUCUGCGUGACAUCGAAUAUUCUAUUCAGUUGAACUAUCCUGAAAACAUGCGUUAUAAGUUAAUGGAACGGAAAGCUCGCUGUUAUCUUGAAAUGGCGGAUCUUCCGUCGUCACUUGAAUGCUAUAGAGAAACAUUCGCCGCUCUACACCAGUCUAGUCUUAGUGAGGAUCAGCGCUAUGCACGGAUGAAUGAAAUGCAAAUGAUAAUUGAUCGCCUUGAUGCGCAAAUUACCAAUCGGGAAAAGUUUAUCCAACCCGUGAAUAACACCGUGGCGGAACUGUUUGUGCCUUAUGUUGAUAAUUCACUGUAUAUUGAUUACACUGAAUCCGAGGGACGAUUCGCUCGAACUAAGCACAAUCUAGCACCCAACUGCGUCCUGCUGAAAGAAUCACCCCAUGCUUCGGUAGCAAUGAAUAACUGUAGCUCAACUCACUGUGAUCGUUGCUGUGGUCGUGUUGAAGUUCUGUUCGGCUGCCCUGACUGCGUUGAUGUGGUUUACUGCUCCGAAGCAUGCCAAAAGCAAGCCUAUUCAGGCUAUCAUAGAUUCGAAUGUGGUUUUCUGCCGUUUCUGAGAAACUCUGGAGCGAAUGUAGUUUGUAUGCUGUCCCUGAGGAUUGCCUCACAAAAGUCGGAGGAUUAUUUCUAUAAACUGCGAGAUGAGCUGGAUAAGCUGAAGAGUGACUUUGUAGACAGUUUGCCAUUUGACGAUUACCGUAAGGUGUACAAUUAUGUAACUCAUGCAAAGCAUAGGACUGCCGAAGAUUAUUUAAAAUGGACGUUGAUGGCAGCAUUACUUCACACAAUUCUAGUCCUCGCUGGAUUCUGCAAAUCAAAAUCAUUAGACGGAUUCCUGGGAAAGAUACUGCUGCACAAUUUGCAAAUCGUGACGUAUAACUCUCACGAAAUCUCCGAACUGCACCGUCGGAAAAGUCAAGAUCCUGGCUAUUCGGUUUGUAUUGGGGCCGGUUUGUAUCCAACAUUGGUUCUAUUCAAUCAUUCUUGUGAUCCGGGCAUAACCAGAUACUUUGUGAACAAUGCCGUUUAUGUUCGCACAAUCAAGAACAUUCCAGCCGGAUCGGUGGUGGCGGAAAACUAUGGACAGCUGUAUACAAGAGCAGCACGUGUCGAGAGACGAAAACUGUUGGCAGAGAACUACAAAUUUGACUGCAACUGCCAGGCUUGUGAAGAAUAUUGGCUAACUGUUAGUGCUAUGAACCCUAUGAAGGUUCAAUUUAAGUGUACGGCAAUUGAAGGCUGUCACAAUGGACUGAUGUUUAAGAAAAACUCUUUGGAAAGCGAGAUGAUAUGUAGCAAAUGUGGUGGAUCCACUGAUGUCGACACCAGUUUUGACUUACUUAAGAAAGCGAAUGUAUCAAAACGUUACAAAGAUGCAACUCGACUAUAUGCGCAAGGGAAAUACGAGAAGGCUCUUACCAUAUAUGCUGCUAUUAUCAUUUCGUUGGACGAGAUAUUGGUUCCACCUUACAUGGAGUAUCAUCUUUGUCAACAAGGAAUUCGGAGAUGUACUCUAGAACUAGGUAAUAGGUAUAUAGAUCGGAAAUGUGCUCUAUAAAGUUGUGAUUUCAAUCUU